AUGACAAUCGGAGCCAGGCCCACCACGAAGAACGUAAGAGAAUUCACAGACGAGCAGAUGAGGGCGGGACAGACUAUGAUCGGUCUCCAGGCGGGGACGAACAAAUGCGCUUCCCAGUCCGGCAUGUCUAUUGGAGCGGGUAGGCACAUCGCUGAUAUCAAGGUUGAAGAUAUGUGCAAAGACGGUCAAGGUGUCCUUGGGAUGCAAGCUGGUUACAACAAAGGUGCCUCGCAGUCCGGGAUGUCGUUUGGCGGCGGGCGCCAUUGCGCCGAUAUCAAAGUUGACGACAUGUGCCGCGAUGGCCAGGGAGUUCUUGGCGGACAGGCUGGCUUCACCGGCGGCGCGUCUCAGUCUGGAAUGUCGUUUGGUGCCAAUCGUCAUAUCAACGAUAUUAAGGUUGCCGACAUGUGUGUAGAUGGCCAAGGCGUCCUCGGUAUGCAGGCUGGAUACACCGGUGGUGCCUCACAGAAGGGGAUGUCCUUCGGUGCCCCUCGGCACAUCAACGACAUCAAGGUUACCGACAUGUGUGCAGAAGGUCAGGCUGUGCUUGGUAUGCAAGCAGGCUACACUGGCGGGGAUUCCCAGUCAGGGAUGUCGUUUGGUGCUCCGCGUCAUAUCAACGACAUGAAAAUUGCGGACAUGUCUCAGGACACCCAGGGCAUGCUCUGA